AUGUACUGGGAGGAUAAAGGGGUAAGAAAGGUGACAGCCGUUUGGCUCCUAGAAGAAUUGGACAUGGAGCUCGUAUUUGUGCGAAAGUUCCCAGAAGCAUUGCAACACUGGAAAACAACUGGAGCUGGUUUGCUCACACGAAUGCAGGCCUUGGAACCUUAUCCACCAAGGAAUGGUGCGAAACUCUCUGCUGAAGAUGCUGAAUAUGAGCAAGCGAAGGAAUUUGUGAAAGCUUUAGAUUCGAGGGAAAAUCCUAAUAUUGGCACCCUAUCGAAAUCUGAGUGGGAAGCAUUUUGUAUGUAUCUCGUCUUCGCUUUCCGUAAGAAAGGAGCUGUAGAAGAGCCAAAAUCGAGCAAACCUGAACUUGAAGCUGAAGAACCACCUAUCAAGAAACGAUCAGAAGAAGAAGCCUUAGCAGAAGGAGCACCUUUAAAGAGGAGAUUAUCAGAAGAAGCAGUUGAAAGCAGUUCAUAA